UCAUCCAGGCCAUGGGGACAUCACAAAGUGUUGCUUUGAAGGAGAAGACGGUGGUGGUGAUCGGCUGCAGCUUUGGGGGGAAAGCAGUGGCGUAUCCACUCAGGGGCCAGUGUAAACUUAUCGUGAUUGAUCCUCGUGAAGCCAUGCACAUUACCAUAGCAGCACCAAGAGCCUGUGUUGAACCAGGUUUUGCUAAAAGGGUUCUUAUACCGCUCAAGGAAGUCUUUGGUGAUAGCUUUGAACAGGAUACUGUGGAGAAGAUAUCCCCUGCAGCAGGGCAAGUUGUCCUCUCCAACGGCAAAGAGAUUUCCUACGACUACCUGGUGAUAGCCACAGGCACAACAGGACCAUUUCCAGGCAAGCUUCAGAACGACUGUACCAUCGAUCAGGCUUUGGAUCUGUACAAGGAUGCAUGUGAAAAGGUGAAGGCUGCCAAGACGGUGGUGAUCAUCGGAGGGGGAGCUGUAGGGGUAGAGAUUGCAGGAGAGGUGGCUACGGAUUACCCAGACAAAGAAGUCACCAUCAUCCAUGCCAGAGACAGCCUGGUGGAACCUGCCACGAGUGACACAUUCAGGGCCUCUGUUCAGAAGCAGCUAGAAGAACUCAAUGUGAAACUGGUCUUUGGUGAGAAGGUGACCAAUCUUGAUGACAUUCCUAGAGACCUAUCAGGAGCCACUGUCCUCACCGACAAAGGCAAGUCCAUCCAGGCCGACGUGGUGUUUGUAUGCAUAGGCUCGUCAAUUAACAGUCAGGCAUAUGCAGAAGAGCUUGGUUCUAAGAUGGAUGCACGUGGGUCUCUUCAGGUCAACCAAUAUCUUCAAGUAGAAGGUCAUGAAAACAUAUUUGCCGUAGGUGACUGCUGCAACGCGGAUGUUCAGAAGAUGGCGUAUAGAGCAGGAGAGCAGGGAAAAGCCGUCUACCACAACAUCGUACAGCAUGCGAGUGGGUACCCACUGAAACCGUACAAGUCCCCAUGCGUGAUGUUCGCUCUGUCAAUUGGACGGCAUCGGGGUCAGCUUCAAAAUGGCAACAUGGUCCUAGGGUCAUGGCUCAUGAAGCGAGUAAAGAGCCAUGAUCUGUUUACAGGAAAAAUGUGGGGAGAAUGUGGUUUGAAACCUCCCAAAAACUGAAACACUACAAAAUUAUGUCGAGGUGCAAUGAAAAUGGAAUUUUACAUUUGAUUUUAUACAUUCAAGCAUGACACUGCAAUUAAUUCAAUCAAAUUAACUUGCCCUUUAAUUACUGGCAUUUUUUAUGUUUUCCGCCUGUAACCGACGAAUCAAGCAUCCUUUAUUUAUUUAUUAUUGCAACGUAUUAAUAGAGAGACACAUAAUUCAGAGCUCUGCCAGUUCGAGUGUGUAUAUUUUUAUGAGCUAUAGUAUCACCACGCACGCAUCUUUACGAUAUCUGUGCAAUAAUGUUAUUUAUUAUUGCAACGUAUUUAGAGAGACACAUAAUUCAGAGCUCUGCCAGUUCGAGUGUGUAUGUUUUUAUGCGAUAUAGUAUCACCACGCACGCAUCUUUACGAUAUCUGUGCAAUAAUGUUAUUUAUUAUUGCAACGUAUUUAGAGAGACACAUAAUUCAGAGCUCUGCCAGUUCGAGUGUGUAUGUUUUUAUGCGAUAUAGUAUCACCACGCACGCAUCUUUACGAUAUCUGUGCAAUAAUGUUAUUUAUUAUUGCAACGUAUUUAGAGAGACACAUAAUUCAGAGCUCUGCCAGUUCGAGUGUGUAUGUUUUUAUGCGCUAUAGUAUCACCAUGCACGCAUCUUUAC